AUGCUCCCAAAAUCACUCCUUUAUGUCAUCGUCUUUGGAGUUCUGGCUACACACUUUGCCAGCGCCCUCGUCGUACCUCCCCGAACGGGCACUCAGCCCAAUGGGAGUAGGCGUAACCCUGCAGAUAUUCCUUCAGAUGAGGACUCGGAGGGUCAAGAAAAACGUUUCCUUAGCGGCUUUGGCAACCGGAUUUCAUACCAUUCCGGACACUACAAGGGUAGAUUCUAA